UAUUUUAUAUCUGGCUAUCAAACACAACUGAAAAUACAACUGAACCAGAUAUUAGGGAAACAGCUUCUAUUAUUGUGAUUGCUUUAUUAGUUGCUUAUGCUUAGAUAAAUAAUAUACAAUGGAGUUAAGAGUUGGUAAUCGUUAUCGCUUGGGUAGAAAGAUUGGCAGUGGAUCAUUUGGAGAUAUUUAUUUAGGUACACAUAUAACAAGCCGUGAAGAAGUAGCCAUCAAACUUGAAUGUCUAAAGUCAAAGCAUCCUCAACUCCACAUUGAAGCAAAAUUUUACAGAAUGAUGCAGGGUGGAGUCGGCAUACCUUCAAUCAAAUGGUGUGGAACUGAAGGUGAUUAUAAUGUCCUUGUAAUGGAACUUCUUGGACCUAGUUUAGAGGAUUUAUUCAACUUUUGUAACCGCAAGUUUAGUAUAAAAACUGUUCUAUUACUUGCUGAUCAACUGAUUAGUCGCUUAGAAUAUGUACAUUCAAAAAACUUUAUACACAGAGAUGUUAAGCCAGACAACUUCCUUAUGGGGUUAGCAAAAAAAGGCAAUCUUGUUUAUAUUAUUGAUUUCGGUCUUGCAAAGAAAUAUCGUGACCAAAAAACACAUCAACAUAUUCCUUAUAGAGAAAACAAAAAUUUAACAGGAACUGCACGUUAUGCAAGCGUCAAUACACAUCUUGGAAUAGAGCAAAGCAGAAGAGAUGAUAUGGAAUCAUUGGCUUAUGUGUUAAUGUAUUUUAAUCUUGGUACCUUGCCUUGGCAAGGGUUGCGAGCCGGAACAAAGCGGCAAAAGUAUGAAAAAAUAAGUGAAAAAAAGAUGUCAACUUCGAUCGAACAGCUUUGUCGUGGUUAUCCAUCUGAAUUUGCAACAUACCUGAACUACUGUAGAGCACUUCGUUUUGACGAUAAACCUGAUUACAGCUUUUUAAGGCAGAUAUACAGAAGUUUGUUUCAUCGCCAGGGGUUCACUUAUGACUAUAUAUUUGAUUGGAACUUACUUAGAGUGGGCGGUUCAUCUGGACGAAGUGGAGAAGAAGAACGCAAACAAGAUAUUCAGAAUUACGGAGUUAGUGGUGGGCAGCAGUUACAAAUGCGUCCAACUGUUAACCGUGGUCUAAGCUCUGGAGUUAGACCCAAAUUUCCAACGUUGGAAAAGCAAAAUCAACUUGGCGAAGAAGAAGAUGUUUCUGAAUCUCAAAUUCAAGGCGCAACAUUACAAACAGUCGCUGGAAGGCGGACUAGUAGAGAUGUUGGAGAAACUUCACAUAACCCAACACGUUAUCAUAGAAUAUCCUCUAGUAAACACUGAAUAUUAGACAUUUAGUUUCACCGACAUGUUGCGAUAGUUUGCUGCGACAAAUUUUUUUCCUCGCUUUUAAAAUGAUAGGAUCGUUUUUGAACAUUUUAGCACAUUUUUGCUGAAGUGAUAUUUCAAAUUAAUUAUCGUUAGCGUUGCUGUUGCAUAAAGUCGAAGCUUGUAACAAUUGCUAAUGUGUUUCAUAACUGGCUCAUCGAGUAGAAGCCUAAAUACAUUCUUGGAAUGUAAUUUAAAAAUAAGGCCAUUGAUAAUACUGCUUGAUUUUAUCUUUGCUUAGUUGUAAAGUUUUGUGUUUUACAAUUUUUGAUUUUACGGUUUGAAACCAAAUGCUUCCAAAUUUUAAGAUUUUAUUAACAUUGUAAAUGUUUUACAGAAACGCAAAUAUUUUAUAAUUCUGUUA